CUCUGCACAGAGACAUUCAUGUAUUAAGGCUGCUGCAGCUGGUGAUGCUUCUCAUCAUCUCACUCGUCAAACAAGUUUCUAUUGUUUCGUUUUAAUGUAACUUUAUUAAAUGCGUACCUAUGUGCGUGUGCGGCGAAAACAGAACUGCCUAAACAACAAAUGUAAGGCGGUGCUGAAGGUGUGACUUUCCGUGUGAGAAAGUUAUUAGAUGCUCUGCUGUCUGCAGAGGUAGAGGUUGAUACGGCAUUUCUUUCACAGUCUUCACCAUGGAUUUCCCCGAAGACUCUGAAAACUCAUCUCUGCGUCUGUCUAACUCGUCGAAACAAAUUCAAGUGAACACGGAUGACCAGUAUGGAAAUGCCAUCUUGCCCAGUAUUUUUGGAAUUAUAUGUUUUUUGGGUAUCUCUGGAAAUUCUAUUGUCGUCUACACCAUCAUUAAAAAGACUAAAUGCCAGGCUAAACAAACAGUACCAGACAUUUUCAUAUUCAAUCUCUCGAUUGUGGAUUUGCUUUUUCUUCUCGGCAUGCCUUUUCUCAUCCAUCAGCUCCUGGGCAAUGGAUCUUGGUGUUUUGGAGCCACUAUGUGCAAAGUUAUAUCUGCCUUAGAUUCUAACAGCCAGACAGUGAGUACUUACAUCCUUACAGUGAUGACCUUGGACCGGUAUGUGGCUACUGUCCACCCUUUUCGCUUCAACCAUGUGCGGACAACCUGUGUGGCCAGUGCUGUGGUGGCGGCGGUGUGGGCACUCUCUCUUAUCUCCAUCACCCCUGUCCUUAUGUACACUGGUUUGAUGCCUCUUCACAGUGGCCAGGUGGGAUGUGCUCUCCUGUUACCAAAUCCAUCCACCAACAUCUGCUGGUUCACCAUCUAUCAGUUUGUGCUUGCGUUCGCCCUCCCACUCACGAUUAUUUGUGUGGUUUUCUUUAAAAUCUUAAAGCAUAUGUCUACCACAGUGGCACCUCUUCCUCCGAGGAACCAACAGGUGCGCACCAAAAGUGUGACUCGGAUGGCUGUGGCCAUCUGUUUGGCCUUUUUCAUCUGUUGGGCUCCAUAUUACAUCCUUCAGAUUGUCCAUUUGGGAAUACAGAAACCCAGUGCCUCGUUUUAUUAUGUCUAUCAUGUGGCCAUUAGCAUGGGCUAUGCUAACAGCUGCAUUAACCCUUUUCUCUAUAUAAUUCUGAGUAAGACCUUUAAGAGACAGUUCAUAGUUGCUAUCCAGCCUGCGCACAAUCGCUUCCGGGUCAACCCGAGCAGCACGGAGGCCACUGUGUCCCUUCGUCUUGCCACAGACUGCCAACGACAUGUUCCUGCUGACAAUUCAGAGUAAACAAAUGUCUGCUCCAAUAAAUACCUACAGAUGAGUAAUUUUAAAACAACUCAACCUGAGGUACCCCUGCUUAAAGGGGAAAUGAAGAACUCACUCAAGUUUACAUUAUUUUGUAAAUUGAUUUUCACUUUCAUAGAAAAUAUCUAACAAACUCAAUUAAUAAAACCGUUUAGCAGAAAACGGCAUAUUUUACUAUAGAUUUUAGACCUAGGGCACCGCCAUCUUCCUGCAGCUGAACAGACAGUGAAAGUAAUGGACUGAACACGGAGACUAUAAAGCCUAAUUUAAUCCAAUGUGUGAAGUUGUGGAUGUGGCUGGUGCAAAG